UGGACAAAGAUUCCCAAUAUUCAUCUGAAUUUCAACCUUGAAAUUGUGUCCUUGAACAGGGUUUUUGUUUGUUUGUCCACUGGUUUGGUGAUUUUUUGAAUCUGGGUAUGAUUGGGAAGUAGGGGAGAGAAAGGAAAAUGGGCUGCUUUUCAUGUUGCCAGUCAGAAGAAAAGAUCCUGAGAAAGUCAUUGAAAAAAAGCAUUCAGGAAUACAAAGACACCAAAACAUUAGCUUCUUUUGCUAACAUUUCAUUCAAAACUGAUAGCAGCAGGAGGAGGUACAUAGCCGAAGAGAUCGAAAAAAUCGGAAAAGGAAAUAUUUCUGCUCAGAUAUUUUCAUUCCGUGAACUGUGUGUUGCAACUCAAAACUUCAACCCUGAAUCAUUGCUUGGUGAAGGUGGUUUUGGGAGGGUUUACAAAGGACACCUUCAAAGCAAAAACAUAGAUGUUGCUGUUAAGCAACUUGAUAGAAAUGGAUUUCAAGGAAACAGAGAAUUUCUUGUGGAGGUACUGAUGCUGUCUCUUCUUCACCAUUCUAACCUUGUCAAUUUGGUCGGAUACUGCGCCGAUGGUGAGCAGAGGAUAUUAGUCUAUGAGUACAUGUCCAAUGGUUCACUAGAAGAUCACCUUCUUGAGAUAGGUUCACAGAGAAAGCCUCUAGAUUGGAAUACUAGGAUGAAAAUUGCUGAAGGGGCUGCCAGAGGACUAGAGUACUUGCAUGAAACAGCUAACCCUCCAGUGAUUUAUCGCGAUUUCAAAGCAUCUAACAUACUAUUAGAUGAAAGAUUUAACCCAAAGCUUUCUGAUUUCGGACUUGCCAAGCUAGGUCCAACUGGUGAUAAGAGCCAUGUGUCUACCAGGGUGAUGGGAACCUACGGCUACUGUGCACCCGAGUAUGCAUUGACAGGCCAGUUAACUACAAAGUCCGAUGUUUACAGCUUUGGUGUAGUGUUUUUGGAGAUAAUCACGGGAAGGAGAGUUAUCGAUAACUCAAGACCUAGUGAAGAGCAGAACCUUGUUACUUGGGCACAACCUUUGUUCAAGGACAAAAGGAUGUUUCAUUUAAUGGCAGACCCAUUGCUUGAAGGGAACUACCCCAUAAAGGGUCUCUACCAAGCUCUUGCGAUAGCAGCAAUGUGUCUUCAGGAGGAAGCCAGUGUCCGGCCUUUGAUCAGCGAUGUGGUAACUGCUCUCGAGUACUUAUCUGUAAAUAAGAUCGAUGAGGCAGAAGCAGAGGAAUCAGUGUAAUCAUAAAGAAAUACUGCUGAGAAUAUUGAAAACAAUGCACCAGAUAGUGGUUGGAGCAGAGACUGAGAAAACAGCUUCUUCUCGCAUUUUCUUUAUGGUUUGAUCAGAAUUUUGUA